CUCUCUCUCUCUCUCUCUCUCUGUGCAUUCAGCUAGUUUUUGUCUUUAUAUUUCCAAGGGUCAAGGCCUUCCUCUGUAAAAACCCUGGUUCCCUUCUCCCUUGGACACGUAAUUUCUCAUGGCUCCCGAACUCGUCCCCACCAACGUCCCGAAAUCGGGUUUCACCACUCCCGUCACCAUGCCUAGUCGGGCGUACGUGACCUUCUUGGCCGGAAACGGCGACUACGUGAAGGGCGUCGUCGGGUUGGCCAAGGGUUUGAGGAAGGUAAAAACGGCGUACCCGUUGGUCGUUGCAGUCUUGCCCGACGUCCCGGAGGAUCACCGUCGCAUUCUUGAAUCUCAGGGUUGCAUAGUCCGUGAGAUCGAACCCGUUUACCCGCCCGAGAACCAGACCCAGUUCGCCAUGGCCUAUUACGUCAUCAACUACUCGAAGCUGCGCAUUUGGGAGUUUGUGGAGUACGAGAAAAUGAUAUACUUGGAUGGGGACAUUGAGGUGUACGACAAUAUAGACCACCUCUUUGACUUGCCAGAUGGACAUUUCUACGCAGUCAUGGACUGUUUCUGUGAGAAAACCUGGAGCCACACGCCGCAAUACCAAAUCGGGUACUGCCAGCAGUGCCCGGAGAAGGUCCAGUGGCCCACAUCGGAGCUGGGCCCGCCUCCGUCGCUGUACUUCAACGCGGGCAUGUUCGUGUUCGAACCCGGCCUCGAGACCUACCAUGACCUGCUGAGAACUCUCAGAGUGACCCCUCCGACCCCGUUUGCAGAACAGGACUUCUUAAACAUGUAUUUCCGGAAAAUAUACAAGCCAAUUCCUUUGGUAUACAAUUUGGUCCUCGCCAUGCUUUGGCGUCACCCGGAGAAUGUGGAGCUAGACAAAGUCAAAGUCGUCCAUUAUUGUGCAGCAGGAUCGAAGCCGUGGAGGUAUACAGGGAAGGAGGAGAACAUGCAGAGGGAGGACAUCAAGAUGCUGGUGAAGAAAUGGUGGGACAUAUACAACGACGAGUCGUUGGAUUACAGGAAGGCGGCGGGAGGAGCAGGGGCAGGAGGAGUUGUGGCUCCAGAAGCAGCUUCAGGUGGUGAAGGGGUGAACAUGCAGCCGUUCAUUGACGCUCUGUCCGGAGCUGCGGUCCAGUACGUGACAGCGCCGUCAGCGGCCUAGGCGAUUUAGAGCAUUCAUUCAUCUACGGGGUAGACAAGAGAGAGUCGAAGUACUCAGAUGAAUGAAAUUCCGAUGCUUGUUGGAGUGCAUCGGGGGAAGGGGGAACGAGUUAAGCUUUUGAUUUUUUAUUUGUAUUUUCUUUUGGUUUGGUAGAUGAACCUGCUUAAAUGACAAGGUUUGACGUGUGUUGGUGGUGUAAUAUGUUGUAUGAAAGAGAGAAAAAAACGCCAUUUAUGUAAUCAUCCUCUUAUGGAGAGGGAGCAAAUGGUGGAUUGAUGAAAAA